AUGGCAGGCCAAGACAAGAAAAAGUCAAGGAAGGCCGGUGGCGCGAAAGGUGCCAAAGGCGAAGCCGGUCCGGUGAUCACCGAUCCGCGAUUCUCCAACAUUCAAACCGAUCCUCGCUAUCGUCUCCCGAGCAAGCGCCAGACCCAUGUCAAACUUGAUAAGCGCUUUGCGCACAUGCUCGAUGAUAAGGAUUUCUCCUCCAACGCUGCUGUGGACCGAUACGGACGGAAACUGGCCCGCGACGAUACCAAGAAACAGCUGAAGAAGUUCUAUCGAUUGGACGAGGAUGAUGAGGAGGAGGACGACGAUGUCGCAGACGAUGUCAGUAUCGACGACGACGAUGAAGUGCAAAAGGAACUGAAGCGGGUUGAAGGACGCGCUUACGACCCUGCCCGUGACGGUGGCUUCUCCGAAUCUUCGUCUGAAGAGGAAAGCUCCAGCGAAGAAGAAGAAGACGACGAGGUGGAGAACGAGGACGACGAGGUCGAAUUCCCCGAUAAGCAGCAGGCCAACGUGCCCCUCGGAGAAGUCACCAACCGCAUUGCUGUCGUCAACCUGGACUGGGACAACAUUCGUGCCGAGGAUCUGAUGGCCGUGUUCUCGAGCUUUGCCCCGACGGGAGGCCGUGUGCUCAAGGUCGUAGUUUACCCUAGUGAAUUUGGAAAGGAGCGAAUGGAGAAGGAAGAGAUUGAGGGUCCGCCACGAGAGAUCUUUGCAACCAAGCAGGGCGAGGAGGAGGACGACGAGGAACUCGACUCUGACGAGGAAGAGGAGCAAAUCAAGAAAUCUAUGCUCAAGAGCGAUGAGGGAGAAGAGUUCAACUCGACACAAUUGCGUCGCUACCAGCUCGAGAGGCUCCGUUACUACUACGCAAUCCUUGAAUUCUCUACCAAGGAAGUGGCGAAGCAUGUCUAUGACCUCGUGGACGGUGCCGAGUAUCUUUCUAGCGCCAAUUUCUUCGACCUUCGUUUCGUGCCCGAUGAUACCGACUUCGAUGACGACAAGCCCCGAGACCAAUGUUCACGGAUCCCCGACGGUUACAAACCUAGUGAUUUCGUCACUGAUGCUCUUCAGCACAGCAAAGUCAAGUUGACUUGGGACGCGGAUGACAAGUCUCGCAAGGAAGCCCAGGCUCGUGCAUUCCGUGGCUCGCGGAAGGAUAUCGACGAAAAUGACCUAAAGGCGUACCUUGGCAGCGACAGCUCGGAUAGCGAAGAUGAAGAUGACGAAGACGGUGGUGUGGAAGUUGUCGACAACACAACUAACGAAGGCACGUCUAGCAAACUCUCGAAACGGGAGGCUGAGAGACAGCGGAUGCGGGCAUUGCUGGGUCUCAGCACUGAGCCUACAAAGUCCAAAUCGGUUGGGCCAGUCGGUGAGAUGGAAGUGACAUUUACAUCGGGUCUGGCUGGUGGCCACGGCAAGGACACUAUCUUUGAGAACGAGCCGGAGAUCGAAGAGAGCACAAUCGACAAAUAUGUGCGGAAGGAGCGUGAGCGCAAGAAGCGGAGAAAGGAGAAAUUGAAGGCUAAGCGCGGCGAUGACAAUGCCGAGGAAGCCGAGGGGGCUUCAGAUAAUGACGACCAGGCGCCUGCUACGACCGAGGCACCGCAAGAUGCGGAGGAGGACCUGGGCUUUAAUGAUCCGUUCUUCGAUGAACCUAGUGGCAAGGCCGAAUCGGCAGCACGUCGCAAGGAGGACAAACGCAAGAAGCGCGAGGAACGUGCUGCUGAAGAAGCUGCCUCCGCUGCUCAACGAGCCGAGCUGGAGCUUCUCAUGGUGGACGACAAGAAGGCAAAUAUCAAGCACUUCGACAUGAAUGAGAUUGAAAAGGCUGAGAAGCAGGCCAAGCGGAAGAAGGGCAAGGGCAAGGCUAAGGCUAAGGAAGCUGCCGCCGCAGUGGCUGCCGAUGAAUUCAAUGUCGACGUCCAAGAUCCUCGAUUUGCUCGUCUGUACGAGAGCCACGAGUUUGCCAUUGAUCCUACCAAUCCUCGGUUCAAGGCUACUUCCGGUAUGAAGGCCCUGUUGGAUGAAGGUCGUAAGCGCCGACGCACCCGAGAUGACGGUGAGGCCGAGGCAGCAACUGAGCGCCAGGAUAGCUCGAAGAAGCAGAAGAAGGCAUCGAAGGAAGCAGGGUCUGAGGACCUCAAGCGGUUGGUGGACAAGGUCAAGCGGCAGUCAAAAGCAUAA